UCAGGCACCUCCCGCCCCUCCCAAACUUCCAGUUAUUGGAGCUGCCAUUAUCUCUCUGUAUGUGGAUCCUGGGGAACCUGCUCACCAUGAGAUCGGCUGUGGGGCUCCUGUGUGUUCUGUCAGCUCUUCUGCCGACAGGUUAUUGCCUUUCAUGUAAAGCUUGUAUUGAGUUGGGUUCCACGUCCUGCAGAGGGAAGAGUACGGCGUGUCCCCCGGGAACUGUCUGUGGUUCUCUCUUCAUAAGAGUCUCAGCUGCACUACGCGGCGUCGUUAGAUCCUGUGUCCAAGAAAGUCACUGCAACAAACCCGGGACGUUUACUGUGAUGGAAUAUAAAGGAAAGCAAGUGUUGUCCUGCUGCACCACCGACAACUGCACCCCGGCUAAACCCACGUGGAGUGAGUCCACAAAUACCCGGCCAAAUGGCUUGACGUGCCCAAGCUGUUAUUCCUUCUCUGAUGACUGUUCCGAUACAGUUCAGGUGUCGUGUUCCGAUGAUGAUAAUUAUUGUUUUUCUCAGUCCCUUCAAACCUCAGGGCAGGAGUCAUACUCAGUUACAUUACGUGGCUGUGCCACAGAAAACCUCUGCCAAAUGGGCAAUCACUCUGUGAACUUGGAUUCAAAAACAAACAGUAUAAUUCGCUGCACCAAGGCAGUAGGGGGCGACACCAGAACCACACAGCAACCUCGGAUCUGACAACAAAUAGUGCAGUGCCUGGCACCACGGCAAAUAUGGCUGCCACCAAAACCACAGAGCUGGCUGCCACAGCAGUCGCCGUCGUGGCUACAAUUAAAAGCGGAAGCAAUGCUGGGAAUAGCGGUACAUCAAGUGCCACCACCAGUUUCCAUUCUCCUCCAGUCUCCGUUCUGUUGUCUAGCAGCUAUUUUCCUUUCAUUAUCAUCAAUAAACCUCUAAUCAUAAAACA